ACUCUGCGUGUAGGUCUAAGAAGAUAGGCAGCUGGCUGCAAAGAGUAGUAUUAUGGCUGGCUGUCAAUAUUUCCUUUAUUAGUCAUAGAGCCGACAUAAAUCAGUUUAUUUCAAAUUAAUGUCUUAAUCAUAUUUUUUUAUUGAACUAUCUGAUGGUUUGAACACGUCGGAAGUCGAAAAUUUAUACAGUUCAUUUUCUGUAACAUGUAAUUGUUAUAAUUUUCAGUACUAAUGGUGUAAUACGCCAGUUUUUAAAAUGUCCUCCUGUAUUUAUGACAAAUAAAUUCACUGUUUUGUGGAUGUACGGUUUAGAGGGUGCAAAUUGUUUUGUGUUGUCCGACUUGUCCGGUUGCUAAUCAUCGUCAUAUGGAGUCACGUUAAAUAUAGUAAUAAUAAUGUCCGGGAAUCCAAUGGCUGGAAGGUACUGUAAACAUCAAAAUCAGACAAAAAAGUUUCUCGAGGAAGCCUGCACUUUGAUAGAACUUGGUAAUAUUGUGGAGAGUUUCAGACUGGGACACUUGAAACUUUGUGAACCUUGCAUUUGUAAUGAUAAUAUUGCUACAUGUAAGAAGGCGGGUCGAGAGUCUGCUGACGAACGUGCCUUCGCCGCGUGGCUAAAGACGGAAGCUCGGCAUCAAGUACCUCGCCGAACCCGACCCACCUUAAGCUACUCGCGCGCUGCUAAAGGUAUAAGAAAAACCAAUGAAGCGCGACCUUGCGAAACAUUUGAUUUGAAUAAAAAAUCCUUAUGCAAACUUCAAUCUCAACUUUCAGAGGUGCAUAAAGAUAGUAACCGUUUAAAACGGGAACCAAAGAAAUUUUCACGUAAAAGACAAAGUUUACCACCAUGUUCUGAAAAGGAUAAAAAUGUACCCACUAAAGUAAAAGAGAGACAAAUAAAAAGACAACUAAACGCAAAAAACAUAGACAAGUGUAUGCAGUACCUUUUAAAAGAUUUAUCAAGCCACGUAAACUCUGGAAAAACGUCCAUUGCUCUAUUGCCGAAAACAGAUUACUCAAAGUGUCGCUUACAUACUUGGAAGAGCUUUACCUCUUUUUCUGACACACUUCUAUUUAACAAAGCAUGUAUGAAACAAAAGACCAACAAGAAGGAUAAAGCCGAUGGAGUCGGUAAAAGACAGGUCAUAAAAUCGGCUGACUCAAAACCGUCAUUAGAAUUAAAGAUACGACUAAACCCAAAUUCGAAUACCAUGAAUUUAUUAAUCAAAUCAAGGCAAGGGACGUGCGGGUCGGCGAUAAGUAAUUCGGACGCAAUUAAUUUCCAUUUGCCUUUUCAAUGUAACUCAUCUGUCAGCAAUGCAGUCAACAAACUAUCGACCAAUUUUUCAAGCUCAUUGUUAACUGAGCGGUCGGUACAAACUCCCUCGGCGCAGACAUCAAAGAACCGAGAAAUACGAUUCCUGAAACCAUAUGCAAAAACGCAAGCUGUGUAUCAAGUAUAUGAUGUUGCUCCAUAUCAGCAACCUACUGGUAAGAUGAAGGGCAUUAGGUCGCAUAUAUCUUUCAACGUUAAUAUCGGCGGGUCACCGGGCACCCCCCAAGGACGCAUGUAUGCGGACGAAGGGCGCCCAUUGACUGCACCUCCAUCUGGUAGAUUAGCAGGCAACCGCCAAGUUCUCUACAACAAUAAAGUCAAUCUUGAUAGUGGAUCGACUUCCAUGCAACAAUCUUUUUCAUUACGUAGAAGCGAUCCGCAGUCAGAGAGCCCAUAUGAAACAGAUGAAUUUUCACGUGUAUGUGAUUGUGCUAACAGUGGCCGUAGCAGUAUGUUGGACACACAACAAUCAGACUCACCGGUAUGCGAAACAUGCUACCAGGCAAACGCGCUUCAACGAACCAGACAACGAAUUAUUGAUCGGGUCGGGACCGACCCUUCCUAUGGCCGCUCGAUGAUCUUUUCACCACUCGUCUUUCUCAAAAAAUGUUAUGAUAAAUACAUAUGCAAUAAGGUGGAAGAACAAACAAAAAGUGUGGGGAGUUGUACCUGCAGUCCGUUUAUUGAGACCGAGCAAUUUACUGUUCAAGAAGGGAAUGUUAAUCCUGAAUGUUCACUUCUCAAGCGGUGUUUUGGCCAGUUGAUUUUCAACAAUAAGUGUGUAGUAUGCACUGAAGAAAAGAGAGUUGGGACGAAAUACCGCCCUUUAAAAACGUACGAGUGUGAACCAGGCACAUGUGUUGAAAAAAAGGAUUUCUUGGGCUGCUUGAAAAAGCUAUGUAAGAAAAAAGAACCCAAACCCGUUGAUAAAAAAAAGGCUAAGGAAAAGGCAAAAAAAGCAAAGCUGAAACAAAGAAAGACCAAAGAGAAAAAGAAGAUUCAGGAAAAAAGAAAGCGCGAGAAACUCAAAGGUACAAGCCGUUCGAGUUUUAUUACUUCAGUAUUUAAGAACCCAGAAGAAGAUGACGAUAGACAAAAGUUGUUGCCCGAUGAAGGAAAAAAAAAGUAUCGCAAAAAUGGGGACAAGGAAAAGGACGGUAAAGGAAAAGAGGGGGCGACUUCAGAACUUGAAGAAAAAGCAAAGAAAACUUUAGCAACAACUAGACGUGGAUAUAGAAGAAUUACUAGAAGAAUUAGAGAGAGAUACUAUCGUAAUAAAAAACUUGCCGAAGAGCAAAAGGGUCAAUAUGCAUGCGAUUUCUACUUGAUGUCUUUAAGAACAAAACCUUGUUUGUGGGUGUAUUACAUGUGUCCAGUGUGCUAUCCCUACUGCUUGCAACUGCUGAACACUUGGAGGCAAGUGUCCGAUCUUUUGCUGUUCUUCGUUGCGAUUAUAGUGUGGAGUCCGUGCAUCCUCUGCGCUGAAUGUCUCAAGGUAGUGGCGUGUAACAUGUGUGUGUCCUAACAAAACUGUCCCUUGUUUUUUAAUAAAUUGCGUGAGUUAUUGUUUUGA